AUCACCACUCUCUCCCUCUCUCCCACUCUACCUCUCUCACUCUCCCUGUCUCAGCCUCUCCCUCUCUAUCCCUGUCUCUCUUCCCCUCUCUCUCUCUCUCUCUCCGAUCAUCACUCCUCUCCCAGUGCCCGGUACAGUGUGCAGCGCCGGAGAUCAGCACCUCGGACAGCGAAGCAGACUGAUCUGUGGCUUCAGGUGAGAGAACCGAGGUUCCAGGCUGCACAUUGCAGGCAGGAUGGGCUAUACACAGGGGAAGUGUGCCUGGAAGGGGGUGAGGAGGAGUGGAAGAACAUGAGCGUUAGACAGAUGGAUGUGAGGUCACAGGUAUAGGAUAUACUUCCCCAGGCCUCUGUGCCUCCCGGAUCCCGGGCUUUAGGUGACUUCCAGCCCUGCACCUUUCCUUCUCACUCAGUACCUCCACCUACUCGCCUCGGGCCCUGACACCUGAUCCAAUUGGCUGUACUGAUGGCUCACGUCUUCUGGACGCUGUUCUUGCUCCCUGUCUUUGCCACUGAUAAGAGUAGCAAACCCCCCAAGCCAGAGAUUCGAGUUGAAGGCGACUUUGUGAUCGGAGGCCUCUUCCCGGUCCAUGAGAAAGGAGGACCUGGGUUUGAGUGUGGGCGGAUGAAUGAGCACCGUGGUCUGCAGCGACUGGAAGCCAUGCUCUUUGCCUUGGAUUCUAUUAACAGGGACCCCCAUAUUCUUCCGGGGCUUCAGCUAGGAGCUCAUAUCCUGGACACAUGUUCCAAAGACACAUAUGCUCUGGAGCAAGCCUUAGAGUUGGUACGAGGGUCUUUGCCACGAGCUGAUGGACCUCAAUAUCUGUGUCCAGAUGGAUCCUAUGCAAUUCAUGGGGAGACGCUUACGGCCAUCAGCGGGGUCAUCGGUGGAUCUUACAGUGAUGUCUCUAUACAGGUUGCCAACCUGCUGAGGCUCUUCCAGAUCCCACAGAUAAGUUACGCCUCCACCAGCGCCAAGCUGAGCGACAAGUCUCGCUAUGACUUCUUUGCCCGUACCGUGCCUCCAGACUUCUACCAAGCCAAAGCCAUGGCAGAUAUCCUGCGCUUCUUCAACUGGACCUACGUGUCCACCGUGGCAUCUGAAGGCGACUACGGCGAAACUGGCAUUGAGGCAUUUGAGCAAGAGGCCCGGGCUCGUAACAUUUGCAUCGCCACCUCCGAGAAGGUUGGGCGCUCCAUGAACAAGAACACCUUCACCAGCGUCAUCCGAGCCCUUCAGCAGAAGCCCAGCGCCCGGGUGAUUGUCCUCUUCACCAAGAUCGAGGACGCUCGGGAGCUCCUGGCCGCGGCCCAGCAGCUCAACGUCUCCUUCCUGUGGGUGGCGAGCGACGGCUGGGGGGCGCUGGAGAGCGUGGUGUUGGGCAGCGAGGAGGUGGCUGAAGGGGCCAUCACCCUGGAACUGGCAUCAUACCCGCUCUGGGACUUCUCAAAGUAUUUCCAGGCCUUGCAUCCAUUCAACAACACUCGCAACCCGUGGUUCCGGGAAUUCUGGGAGAACAAGUUCCACUGCUGGCUGAACGCGUCCGACUGCGCCCGGCACUCGCUGCAAGACGUCAAGUUUGAGCAGGAAUCCAAAAUCAUGUUUGUAGUCAACGCCGUCUACGCCAUGGCGAAUGCCCUGCACAACAUGUACCAGGCGCUCUGCCCCAAUUCCAGCCAUCUAUGCCCCGCUAUGAACCCGAUAAAUGGGCGACGCUUCUACCGGGAAUACAUCCUGAAUGUGAAGUUUGAUGCUCCGUUCCCGCCCCCCGACACCCACAGCACCGUGCGAUUCGACAAGUUUGGUGAUGGAAUUGGCCGCUACAACAUCUUCAAUUUCCAGAACACAGACGGACAUUACCACUACAAGAAAGUCGGCUACUGGGCCGAGGAACUGACGCUCAACACCAGCCGGAUCCCUUGGGCCCGCAGCUCGGUGCCUGUGUCUCAGUGCAGCGACCCCUGCAAGAAAAACGAGGUGAAGAGCAUGCAGCCGGGCGACGUAUGCUGCUGGAUUUGCAUCCCAUGCCAACCGCACGAGUAUCUGCUGGACGAGUUCACCUGCAAGGACUGCGGCCUCGGGUACUGGCCCAACCUGGACCUGAAGGACUGCUUUGAGCUCCCGCAGGAGUAUAUCCGCUGGAGUGAUGCGUGGGCUUUGGGCCCGGUGUGCCUGUCGUGUCUGGGGCUACUCUCCACCCUCUUCGCCUUCUGGGUCUUCGUACAGAACAAUAAUACCCCAGUGGUCAAGGCGUCUGGGCGUGAGCUCUGCUACAUCCUGCUGAGUGGGGUCCUCCUCUGUUACGCCAUGACGUUCAUCUUCAUCGCCAAGCCGUCCACCGGCAUCUGCACCCUCCGGCGCCUCGGGCUUGGCACCUCCUUCGCCAUCUGUUAUUCGGCCCUGCUGACAAAGACUAACCGCAUUGCCCGCAUCUUCAACGGCGCGUGGGAUGGGGUCCAGCGCCCGCGCUUUAUAAGCCCGGCCUCUCAAGUAGGAAUCUGCCUGGCGCUUAUCUCCUGCCAGCUCCUCGUGGUCCUGGUCUGGCUGCUGCUGGAGCCAGCCGGGACGCGCAAGGACACAGCGCCGGAUAAACGCUAUGUGGUGACGCUGAAGUGUAACAGCGGCGACGGCAGCAUGCUGGUCUCUCUGUCCUAUAACGUGCUGCUGGUCCUGCUCUGCACCCUGUACGCGUUCAAGACUCGAAAGUGUCCCGAGAACUUCAAUGAGGCCAAAUUCAUUGGUUUCACCAUGUACACCACCUGCAUCAUCUGGCUGGCGUUCCUGCCCAUCUUCUACGUGACCUCCAGCGAUUACAGGGUACAGACCACCACCUUGUGCGUCUCUGUCAGUCUCAGUGGCUCGGUGGUCCUCGGCUGCCUCUUCACCCCAAAACUUCACAUUAUCAUGUUCCAACCACAGAAAAAUGUCACCAGCCACCGCACAGCCACCAACCGAUUCAGCGGCACCGGAGCCGGCGGCUCACACAGUUCCACCGUGCAGUAUGUCCCGACUGUGUGCAAUGGGCGAGAAGUGGUUGAUUCUACAACCUCAUCCCUGUGAUGUGCCUAGCAGACAGUGGGUGGGAUGCGAAGGCGAUGCUGAAAAGCACAGACCCCAUCAGGAUACCACGAGCCGUGCCUGGAGAGUGCACCGUGACCACAUUAUCUGCCCAGAAAUAUCAGGAAUGGACCCAAGUCUUCAACAAAAUGGCCCACUUUUAUUUAAUUGCACGGGACAGCUGCAGUGUCUCCUAAAACGCUCCAGGCCCUGCGGCUGACGGGUGUUAUUCCCACCCACCCAGGGGCGACAGGCGUCUCACUGCCAAAAGCACAAUGGAGGGAUUUACGGCCCACGCAGGACUGUGGCUGAAACCUGCAGAGGACGCAGCCACGACCGCGAUUGUAGGAUUGUUGGACAUGUACCUCCGUGUGAUCUGUAACGGGAGGGGGCCGCACGGCUGUCGCUGACUAUUGCAGAAGCCGAAACGCGUUAUAAGGGGCAUUUUCUAUAGAGAAAUGUGACAGCCUUCUUCCCGUCUCACUUAUUUGCACUAAAAUCAGCAGGGACGCGAUGCGAGAACCUACGGUGACUACAGGGAGAUGCUGCAACCAGUAUUAUUGUGGGUAAUAGGUUUCUGUCACGCCAAAGGCGCAGUAUUUAGCAGCCCGGAUACAGUGUUACCUGUACGAACAAAUCCAAUAUGUAAGCACUUUUAUUUCUAUGGUAAAGGCUGUUAAUAUUAGUAUUAUGUAAAUAAAAUAGCUGUUUGUAGUUUGA